UUUUCUUCCCCCCCCCCCACACACACAAUCUCUGUUUCUGUCUCUGUUCCCUGCAGGCAGCCAACAUGAUCAGUCACAUCGUGUCCCGGAUCUUUAUCCUCGGCAAUUCCGCCGCUUUACGCGCGGGGAAAACUUCACACGCACGCGCGUGGGGGCUUUCUGUCACCAGCCGCGGCGUGCACGUGGAGGCGCCGCCAAUCGUGCCCACGCUGACGACCAGCUACGCACACGGAACCUCGUCCUACUCGCUGCUCAACGCCACCGUGGGCGACACGCUGGCCCGGGCGGCCGACGCCUGGCCCGAUCGGGAGGCGGCCGUCUUCGUGCGGGACGGCGUGCGCAAGACCUUCGCCAGCUUCCACCAAGACGUGGAGCGCGCCGCCGCAGGGUUGCUGGCUGUGGGCCUUCGUCCCGGGGAGCGUUUGGGCAUGUGGGGGCCCAACACGUACGAGUGGCUCCUGAUGCAGUUCGCCUCGGCCAAGGCGGGAAUCAUCAUGGUGGCGCUCAACCCGGCCUAUCAACUGGAGGAGGCCGAGUUUGCCCUCCGAAAGGUGGGCUGCAAAGCAGUGGUGUGUCCGGAGGCGUUCAAGACCCAAAAGUACUGCGACAUGCUGCGGCUUCUGUGCCCGGAGAUGGCGACGUCGCCCCCCGGGGACAUUCGCAGCAGCCGACUUCCCGAGCUGCGCUGCGUGAUCGUCCUGGACGGCCGCCAUGCCGGAACCUUCCACUUGGACGAGGUGAUGCAGGCGGGCGACGGUCGCUUCCAGCGUCAGCUGCACGAGCUGCGGAAUAAAUUGUCCUGCGAUGACCCCGUCAACAUCCUGUUCACCUCGGGAACGACGGGACGUCCCAAAGGCGCCACGCUGACGCAUUGCAACGUUCUGAACAACGCUUUCUUCGUGGGCAUGCGCGUCGGCUUCCACUGGCGGCCCGCCACGCGCGUCUGCCUCCCCGUGCCACUCUACCACUGCUUUGGCUCCGUGGGGGGCGGCGUCUGUAUGGCCGUCCACGGCAUCUCGCUGGUUUUCCCUUCGCCCUGGUACAGCGGCAAAGACAACCUGGACGCCAUGCAGAACGAGAAGUGUACAUUUGUGUACGGGACGCCCACCAUGUACGUGGACAUGACCAGUCAGCCCGACGUGGACACAUACGACCUAUCGUCUGUGGUCGCAGGCAUCAUCGCGGGCUCGCCGUGCCCUCCUGAGCUGGUCAAGAGCGUCAUCUCCACCUUGGGUAUCAAGGAAAUCAUGAUCGGAUACGGCACCACGGAGAACAGCCCCGUCACCUUUUGCGGCUCGCCGUUGGACAACAUGGAGAGGAAGUCGCAGACGGUCGGAUACAUCAUGGACCACACGGAGGCCAAAAUUGUGCACCCGUCCAGCGGGCAGCAGGUUCCGUUGGGUUCCUCCGGCGAGAUCCUCAUCCGAGGCUACUGCGUCAUGUUGGGCUACUGGAACGACCCGGAAAAGACCCGCGAGUGCAUCGGGGAUGAUGGCUGGUACAAAACCGGAGACAUCGGCAGCUUGGACGCGUUCGGCUACUGUCGCGUCGAAGGUCGCAUCAAGGACCUCAUCAUCCGAGGAGGCGAAAACAUUUCCCCUGCCGAGAUCGAGCAGUUCCUCCACACGCACCCCAAAAUCAAAGAAGCGCAGGUGGUGGGCGUGACGGACGCCCGCAUGGGCGAGGAGAUUUGCGCGUGCGUUACAUUGAAGGACGAGGAGGAGCUGACCGAGGAUGACGUCAAGACUUUCUGCAGAGGGAAGAUUUCUCACUUCAAGAUUCCUCGCUACGUCGUGUUUGUCAGCAGAUUUCCACUCACCGUCACUGGAAAGGUCCAGAAGCACGAACUGCGCCGGGAGAUGGAGGAGCGUCUGGGACUCGCCAAGGCCUCCUGAUCCGCCCCCACGUCAGCCAUUUUGAAACGGGACAUUAGUCUGUUGGCUCGCAAGCAUCUUUGCCAUCAAGAGCAAUAAAUGGGAA